UGCCUGCCGCUGACAGACUUUUCCACCGUUUUUACAAGUUUGUUCCUGCGCUCCCGCGGCGCUCAGUCCGAGCCGGGGAUGGUGGAGCGAGAGGGAACCGCGCGCCUCCGCGAGCCCGAGCCCGAGCACGAGCUGCACGAGGCCGAGCCCGAGCCGCAGCCGCCGCCGAACGGGCUCGCGGAGCACGAGCGCAAAAAGGAAGCCGCGGCUCCUCCUCCUUGUCCUUCGCGCCGCCGCUCAGCCCCGCUCCCGGCGGACAAGCUCAAGAAGGUCCUUCUGGACAACCUGCUCGUGAUCUUAACCGUGACCGGAGUCUUCGUGGGCGUCUUCGUCGGACUCGGGGUGCGAAACGUCGUGGCGCUGAGCAGAACUCAGGUCGUUUAUUUCGGCUUUCCGGGAGAACUCCUGGUUCGCCUGCUCAAGAUGAUCAUCCUUCCGCUGGUGGUGUGCAGUCUCGUCUCCGGGGCUGCCAGCAUCGACCCCAAAGCCCUGGGCAGGCUGGGUGGCUGGGCAAUGCUCUUCUUCUUGAUCACCACCCUCAUAGCUUCAGCCAUCGGGGUGCUCAUGGCGUUUAUCAUUCAGCCCGGAUCCGUGUCCAUCUCUGCAGCCCAGAGCGUAGCAGGAGGAGGAGGAGGAGGAGAAGAGGUGCCGCAGCCCAAAGAGAUUGUAGACUCCUUCCUGGACUUGAUCAGGAAUAUAUUCCCCUCCAAUCUGGUAGCAGCAGCUUUCCAGACGUAUGCCACCAGUUACAAGUUGCUGAAAGCUGAACGUAACACAACAGAUGAUCUGAGUUUGAACCCAGUCUCCGUAGUUGAAAAGGUUCCCUUUGGCACAGAUAUUGAUGGAAUGAACAUUCUGGGGCUCAUAGUGUUUGCUGUCGUGUUUGGUGUAGCCCUGCGUAAGUUGGGCGAGGAGGGCGAGGUUCUCAUUAAGUUCUUCAACUCCUUCAAUGAGGCCACCAUGGUGCUGGUGUCCUGGAUCAUGUGGUAUGCCCCCCUUGGGAUCAUGUUCCUAGUGGCUGCGAAGAUUGUGGAGAUGGAGGACGUGGCCACGCUAUUUGCCAGCCUGGGGAAAUACAUUGCCUGCUGUGUGAUUGGUCAUGUGGUGCAUGGUAUGCUGGUCCUGCCUCUAAUCUACUUUGUCAUCACACACAAGAACCCCUACACCUUCCUCUGGGGGAUAUGUGCUGCUCUGGCCACUGCCUUCGGGACAUCAUCUAGCUCAGCCACACUGCCUCUGAUGAUCAAAUGUGUGGAGGAGAAGAAUGGAGUGUCCAAACACAUCAGCCGUUUCAUCCUACCCAUCGGGGCCACGGUGAACAUGGAUGGGGCAGCGCUCUUCCAGUGUGUGGCUGCUGUGUUCAUAGCUCAGCUCAAUAACCUCCCGCUCAACUUUAUUCAGGUCAUCACCAUCUUAGUGACAGCUACCGCAUCCAGUGUAGGAGCUGCAGGGAUCCCUGCAGGGGGUGUUCUGACUCUGGCUAUUAUCCUGGAAGCAAUAGGGCUACCAACGAAUGACCUCUCCCUCAUCCUCGCUGUGGACUGGAUGGUUGACCGCACCUGCACAGUCAUCAAUGUGGAAGGUGAUGCUUUUGGGGCUGGAAUCCUGCAGUAUUUUGUGGAUCGCCACCCAAGCCAUGACAAGGGUGAGGACGUCAGUGAAGUCAAACUUCAGGAAGUGCUACCCACCAAACCAGAGGACAUGUCCUUUAUUGCUAACGGCAAGAAAGACGAAGGCAUGACAGGAGUAACAACGUUCCGUGAUCACGAAUCCAUAAUGUAAAUGGGGUUGGGUGAAGGAUAACAGCAGAUGCAUUUCAAAAAGCCACUUAAAGAGAAAACUUCUUUCACCAAAAUAGAAAGAGGACAUGGACAGAGGAAAGAGCAUGCAAAAGGGAUGAGCACAGGACAGCAGACGGCAAGAUUUUUUUUUUUUUUUUUUUAAGCUUGUUGUUAUACGUUUUUGCAAAUUUUACACAUCACUUAAUGUUUUAAAUGAUUGUCAUCUUUUUUGCUUUACAUAUAAAACUGCUUGGCAGUGCAUCGUAUUUGUGUCAGUAGCCAGUGGGUGUGACAUUCAAACAAACGCUAGGGCAUCAAUGAUUUUUCUAGAAAAGCUACUGGAAGUCUUGCUGUCAUAUCUGGAGACUUUUUGAAUUCAGUUACGCCUAUGAUCAGGUAUUGAGAAAAACUCAUCUUUGUAAUUAAAGCUGUACACAGUUUGGUUUUAUAAAUCUGUCACUUUCUCAGUCUAUUCGAAUUGUAUUCAUCUGUAAAAGUAUAUAUUGCACUAGUCAUUGUCCUUUAAUUCACCCUGUAGAUCAUAUGUAACUUUUAUUUUGUCUGUUUUACUAGAUGUUGCCUUAAAGGUUAAACAUAUCCUUAUUAACUACCAAUCAAGACCCUUUUUUUAAGAUUGAAGUCACACACAACUAAGCUGCAGCACUGUCAUAUAGUGCAGGCAGUUAUUAAA